AUGCUUCACAUCUCGAAGCUUUUUCGCUUCGUGGAGCUGUUUCUGGCUAUGGUUCUCUUCUCGUGGACCUUAGCUCGGGUCCCUUUCGCCGUUAGAAUCUCCGGGGAGUUCUUCCGGCAGCUUUUAGGCUUCGUCGCGAGCCCUCUCUUCGUUUUUCUGCUCUGCAACGUCAUCAUCGUUACUCUUCUGGCCAAGUCCGGCCGGUUCUCCGGCCAAAUUCCGUCCGGCCACGACGGCGAGACCGAAAUCUUCGAGGAAAUCAUCAAAAACAGCGGCGACCACAAGAGGUCGCAGUCCGAAACUGAUCCUCUCGCCCACUUGCCAGGGGCGAUCGAGUACCAUGACAAGCAGAUUAUCACUGAGAUGAUCACGACCGCUCGUGAAGACGACGCUAACACGUUCUCUGACUCGGACUCGGACUCGGACUCGGACUCGGACUCGGAUCUGGAGCAUCCGAAGCCGUAUCGUAGGACUCAGUCGGAGAAGUUCGAGCGCAAGAGUUGGGAGAAGUCUCACGGAAAGCUCCGGCGAUCGGAGACGGAGAAGUGCACGAAAGGUGUUAAAUCCGAAGAGAAUCUAGCUCCGGAGGACGAGCUAAGCAACGAGGAGUUCCAGCGCACCAUAGAGGACUUCAUUGCAAAGCAGUGGAAUUUUCGUCACCAAGAGUCUCUUCCCAUCGUUCUACGGAACCAGAGCUCAGUCCCGGUUACCAAUUAG